AUGUCUUUAUUCCUCCCAGAGAAAGAGUAUCAGAGAGAGAAUCUCCUAGAUCUGACAUCUAAUGCAAUUGGAGAAGGUUUUUACUGUCCAGAAGGCAGUCAGAUGCCAAAAGCAUGCCCAGCUAAUACCAUCCGGAGGCUGUCAGGUGCACGCCAGCUUGAGGACUGUUCACCUUGUCCAGCAGGGUACUGGUGUAAGGAAGGUGAUCCUCAACUAUAUCCUUGCCCUGCUGGCCAUUAUUGUGAUGGUUUGAAUCAAACACACCCAGGCAGUCCUGCAGGACCUCAAAAGUGCCCCAUGCACACAUUUUACAACCUCACAGCAGCUGCAAGUAGGAGUAAAUGCCACCCUUGUCCAGCUGGAUUCCAUUGUAAUGAGACAGGCAUUAUCACCUUUGAGAAUUUCCCCUGUCCUCUUGGAUUCUGGUGUCCAGGCAGUGGAAAACCUUAUUUGUGCCCAGCUGGAAUGUUUAGAAGUAAACCAGGUGCUGCUUCUGAUAAAGAAUGCUACCCCUGCAUUCCUGGAUAUUACUGCCCUGACCCAACCUUAACAGGUCAACCAAACACCUAUGGUGUUCCAUGCCAAGCUUCCUAUGAGUGCCCUUCAGGGUCCACCAUGCCGAAGAUAUGUAGAGCAGGUUCUUACUGUGGACCUCAAACUGGUUUCCCUCCUGCCUGUCCUGCAGGAUUUUUUUGUCCAGAAGGAUCUCAUUCCUACAAUACCCCAGCUCAAAUGUAA